AUGCCUUUGUUCUUCCACGGCGUCGCUGAUACGGCGAUGCUGUAUGGUGUAAUAACGAUAAUAGCGAUGAAGCCGAUGGAAAAAGUCUCGUUGUUGCUGCUUAUGCAGCUACUAGUGCCGCGGGUGGACGCCGGUAGCUGGCAGAGCUGCCGUGAAGUGCCCGUGGCGAAAUGUGGUGUAGGUGACAGUGGUAGUGAUGGUCGUGAGUACCGGUAUGACACUGGAGUGUACCGGUACAAGUGGACCAAAAACCCGAAAGAGUUUUACGCUUACGGAGGCCCCUUUUCCACCUUCUCUUUGGGCCAGGCUUUCCAGUCUUGUCAGAUCUGCUCAAAUGAAACAAGGCCUACCCAGGGGGGUUCUCCUCCACAAUCCAUAACUGACAUCAUGAUCGUUGAGAACAACGUCGGUAGGCUUGACCAUGAAAAAGGAGAGAUCCUGUCUCAGAUCCCAUGUGGUGAAGAUUGUAGGCUGUGGUUUGUGGAUUGUAACCUAACGACAAUAGAGGUAGGGGCGUUUGCUAAGUUGCCACAGGUGUCAAAACUGGCCAUCUGGCGGAGCAAUGUCCAGACUCUGAAGAACGGCACGUUUGCUGGGAUGGAGAGCCUCGAGUAUCUGCUGCUGUUGGAGAACAACCUGGCACAUCUGGAGGGUGGCUGCCUUGAUGGGUUGCCCAGCGUGUCACACAUCGUCCUUGUGGACAACCAAAUCCUGACGAUAUCGCCUGACGCUUUCCGGGGGUUGCAGCCGCGGUGGUUUGACGUAAGUGCCAAUCUUAUCGCUAACGUAGCCCCGGGGACCUUCCAGACGAUCAAGUCCGUAGUAUAUGUCCGCGCCGUUGAGAACAAGCUUCGGUCGAUCGGCGUGGGGAUGUUCCACGGGCUUGAGAGGCUGGUAUCCCUGCACCUGACGGGUAACAGGAUCUCCCACAUUGCUGCAGGCGCGUUCCACUCAAACACGGAAUUGGAUAUCCUAAAUCUUGCAGAAAACAGGCUGACCUUCCUGUCUGGCGGCUGGUACAAAUGGUCCUUUCAGGGCAGUCUAGUUGCCCGUGAUAAUGGUAUUGCCACUAUUGUGUUGAAAGGCAGGGCGAUUCCAUGGGGCCUCAGGAUUCACCUGUCCAACCGGCCGCGCUGCACGUGUGCGAAUGAUUGGCUUUACGACUACGAGGGGGGCUACCCAAAGACCAAGCAGCGUUUUAAGAAUUUACUAAAUUUGCCCCCGGCAAAAGUGAGCUGCCCCGCCUCGGCGCUGAUGCGAAACAUCUCCGCGCCAGUCUCUCCCAGCCACUCCCUGCCCUGCCCGCCACCAAUGGUGGAGAUCUUGAAGGCCGAACGCUAUCCUGAAUGCAAGUACACGGUGGUGGUGGGUAGGGUGUACUGGGAGCAGUUGCCCCAAGUGUCUUGGACCUUCCCUAACGACUCACGACACACACACGACAUUACGUACGACACAAACACGAAAACAUACGCUACUCUGCCGACAGGCAACCUAACCGUGAGAGUGGUGACCGAACUAAAGGCUGAGGGCUGGUCCAGCUUCACCCUUUGGCUUGAGACCACCGAGCCCUUGUCCUUUGGAAACACCACUUGUACGGUUUCUUCGGAAACUGGGUCUGACACUGUGGUUUUCAUGACAAGUGAAGGCACAACACUCCAGGCAACAGAACCCUCACUCAUCAACACCUCACCAUUCUCAACCACCAUGAGCACACCACCGGUGCCCACCGGCAUCAGCACUACACUACUGACCACCAUCACAAGUGAUGAUGCUUAUGAAGGGGGUAUCUGCACAUGGAACAUAGUGUUGUCAUCUGUUAUCUGGUUGCCGGCUGUUGCGGUGGGGCCCGGGGUUCUGUUCUGUGUCAGGUGUAUCAAGCGUAGGCUCGGACGCAAAUCUCCAGAUAACAGCACAGGUUCACCUCGCAAUGGCAAUGAGGUCUUUGUCUGUUCUAAGUGGCCAGUUGGCAACUUGGAUGAGCCAGUGAUCAGUCCGUACGCUGAAGGUCGUUUCGAGGAUCACGACAGCUUAAAUGAGUCAGAAUCAGUCAUCAGCCCUUACGCUGAAGGUGGUUUCCAAGACCACCCUGACUUGCGCAGGGCCGGUUCUUCUCAGUCAGAUGCUGUUCCGUACGGACAGGCCAAGCUUUGCGCAGCGUACCCAGGCCGCCCCCGCGCGCACACACACCCCGUGCCGUCCCGCCCGUACAGAGCCGAGCGUCCCCGUCAGACACCAAACAAGGAAGGGGCAGUUGUAACUGGCUAUGGUCAAAACGCUGGCGAUAAGUCAGGCAAAACCUGCUACCAGCACCCAUCUAUCCUCCCCAACCCGGGUGCAACCACGUCCCCUACCUACCAGCAGAAUGCCAGCGCCGCUAAACGUUCCCGCAAGGCACCUUGCUACAACCCCCCUGCCACUAACCCAGACCGUAUCCUGUCAACAACCUAUGGCUAUGGUAAAACCGGUGGCAAUAACUCAGGCAAAACCUGCUACCAGCACCCAUCUAUCCUCCCUAACCCGGGUGCAACCACGUCCCCUGCCUAUCAGCAUAAUGCCAGCGCCGCUAAGCGUUCCCGUAAGGCACGUUGCUACAACUCCCCUGUCGCUAACCCUGACCGUACCCUGUCUAACACCUAUGGCCAGCAUGACACUAUUGCGACGGUCUGUAACUCCGUAGCGUCUCCAAUGGCCAGUAGCUAUGACCCUGCUACCCCGCGCAGAAGUGAGACGGACACUCCGUCCGCCGUCUAUGAUGAAAAUCACCGCAGUCAGCCCGCCACAAGCCGGGAAAACAGUUACAUCUGCCCCUCCCCUGCGACUGGUGCUGGUCGGUCCCCGGCAGCUGCAUACUGCCAGAACGAGCGUAGAGAGGCAAUAAACAACACUACAGAGUACCCUGAGACAAACAGCUAUGAUCCGGCCCCUGCUGAUGGGAUUAGUCACUGA